AUGGCCCCAACCUCCGCCCUCUCGCCGAAGGAAGAAGCGUCAGAAGCCUGUCCCGACCUCGACCUCGAAGGAGACGUGAUGCGCUUUCUUCUGAUCCUCUGUGACCUACAUAACACGAACUGGAGUCCAGCUUCUCAUCUACCAUUGGAUGUCAAGUCAUCUCCUGAAAAUCGUUUUCACAUGCAGCCUUUAAAGAUUGGCGGCAGUUACGAAGGCACCAAAUGGGAAUAUCCAUCGUAUGGAGUGAAAGUAAAGUGUGAAAAUACGCAAGGUCUUUGUCGGGCAGGUGAAGUGCUCCCAGCAGGUGAGGCCAGAGGCAACUGA